UAACCGCAUUGUUCCUCACUGUGGCACACUGUGGCUGCUGUGGCUCAGCCUGCCUCAGAGGUCUGUUCAUUUUUAGGAAACUUAGCCUGCCAUGUUGGAUUGGCUUCUUUAUUGUUAUUAAAAAUAGAUGCAGUAGGCCUAAUAUUGGACUAUUCGUUAUGAAAUCGCAUCCUACGCGUUGCUACAGGUGAUCGCCAAAAAGAAAACAGCCACCUGCGUGUUGUACAAGCAAUGAACUUUUUGCCCCAGCUGCGCAGAAAAGGUGUGUCAGCAGGGUGACGUCACGUAUACCUGAGUUUCGGUGAGGGAAGGGGAGGGGCCAGGCCGACUCUGAAAAACAUCGACUCCUUGAAGUGCUGCGGGACAAACUUUUCCUUUGUUGUUGUUAUCAACCAGCUUCAUCGGGCUGAUUAUUGAUCGGCUUUGUUGCGCGGGGAAGCACAGAUUCACUGUCCCGCUCCUCCGCCGCCGGUAAGUGGGCCAACAACCAGAGGCCACUGCAACUUCCUGGUUCGCUCACAGCAGUAAGCAUGUCAAGCACUCCACGCCGUGUCCGGCUGAAGCCCUGGCUGGUUGCUCAGGUGGACAGCGGGCUCUACCCAGGUUUAGUGUGGAUUGACCGGGAAGCCAUGCGCUUCAGGAUUCCAUGGAAACAUGCAACACGCCACACACCCCAACAGGAGGAGGAGAACACCAUCUUUAAGGCCUGGGCUGUGGAAACAGGAAAGUUCCAGGAGGGAGUUGAUGAGCCUGAUCCUGCCAAAUGGAAAGCUCAGCUUCGCUGUGCGCUAAAUAAAAGCCGUGAAUUCAACCUCGUUUAUGAUGGCACUAAAGAGGUCCCCAUGAAUCCCUUGAAGAUAUAUGAUGUCUGCGACAUCCCAGCGCCGCUUAGCAACCCAGGCUCCGCAGAUGCCGGUUCUUGGACUCCAUAUGAUGAAGAGGGUGGUGAGGAAGAUGUUCCAGAUACACCAGAGUCUCUCCCUCCAUACCCAUCCAAUGGCACCAGCCCCUCUCCUCUUAUCAUGUGGUCUCCUGUUGGCUCGGACUCAUCCAUGCAGCCUCCAAGUUGUCCCCCUUCAGUUGAGGUGUGGCCCAAAGAGGAGCCCAAUAAAGUAUGGCCUAAAGAGGAGCCUGUGGAUGUGGACAUGCAGCCCUCACCCCUGGUGGAGAUGCCCCCUGCACCUCUGCCUGAUCCCAUAAUGCAGCCCACUCCCAUAACUGAUGCGAUGUUUGCUUCUCCAGAGAUGUGGAUCAGCUCCCUCCCAAUGACAGACCUGGAGGUGCAGUUCCAGUACCGGGGGAAGGAGAUGUGUCCUGCGGCGACUGUCAGUAACCCCCAGGGCUGCAGGCUGUUUUUCGGGGACCUCGGCCCCAUGGUCAACCAGGAGGAGCUGUUUGGGCCGGUGAGCUUAGAGCAGCUGCGGUUUCCUACCACAGAGCACAUAACCAAUGACAAGCAGAGAGUCUUCACUAACCGCCUGCUGGACGUUAUGGACCGGGGUUUGAUCCUGGAGGUCAGUGGCCAUGAUAUCUAUGCAGUCCGUCUCUGCCAGUGCAAGGUGUACUGGUCGGGCCCCUGUGCACCCAACUCUGCUUCACCCAACCUUAUAGAGCGCCAGAGGAAGGUCAAACUCUUCUGCCUGGAGUCUUUUCUCAGUGGUGUGAUAGCUCAUCAGCGUGGCCAGACAUCAAGCCCCCCUUCGUACGACAUCAACCUGUGUUUUGGAGAAGAGUGGCCUGAUGGCAGGCAGCGUGAGAGGAAACUCAUCAUGGUUCAGGUCAUUCCAGUGGUGGCACGUAUGAUAAGUGAGAUGUUUUCUGGAGACAAUACACGAUCCUUUGACAGUGGCAGUGUCCGCCUGCAAAUUUCAAUCCCGGAUAUCAAGGACAACAUAGUGACCCACCUUAAGCAGCUUUACUGCCUGCUACAGACCCACCAGGGCCAAGAUGGCUGGCCUUUGCCCUCGGGGCCAGGCCUGAACAUCACCCAGGCUUUGCAGGCCCAGUGAAGCAGCUGACCCAGACCCUUUCUGGCCAAACUGUAACAUAAAGCUCUGGUCACUGCAUCUGUCACACUGCUACUGAGAGUAGCCUGUAGUUAGCAAACAAGUACUUAAUGUAUAAUCAUAUUUACAGGUAUGCACAAUAUAGAAUUUGUAUGCAUUCAGCCUUUCUCUAGUAUGACUGCUUUCUGUACCUAAAAGUAGUGCGAUGAAGCGCUGUACCCUGCAAUAUGUGUGCUGCAACCAUAGGUUUAUUUGGUGAUUGCAUGGUCCAAAGUCCUGCUUGCUGCAAGGCAACAUUUAACAUAGUUAAUGAGUUACAGACUUAACUGUGUGCCUUAUUUAUCCAAAAUGGGUCAGUGACUACCAGAUGAUCAUCGUCCUUUAGUUUUUCCAGGUGCCAGUCAUUCAUUAAAUAAAGCAUUGUACAUUAUAUAUAUAUCAUCUAUAUAUGUAUAUUGGAAGUGUAUGUGCCAGAUAAAAUUUAGGCAAACUUGAGUGGUAUUGCAGGCAGUGUGUUUCAACUGUCGUUCAUAUAAUUACUACACUGUCUGCUUUCCUGUUAUUGUGAAAGCACAUGAACUGGGCCUGCCAAAAUUGUCACAAAUUUUUACCAAAAAAAAAAAAAAAAAAAAAAAACAACAACAACAACACCCCUUUUAACAGAGUUAGCCAUUUUCUUGUAGUUUGGUCUUGUGUGUUUUUUUUUU